AUGUCUUCCAGCAAGUCACUCCUACCUGCUGGAAUGAGCCCCGCAGGAUUCCUCUACCCUGCUGCCCUCUGUGCCUUCAUGGUCCGACAUGGCCUCACUAAAAAGUCACUCGCACCAUCAGGUGCCAUGGCUGCAACCUUUGUCGGUAUUGGCACCUUCACAAACUCGCCUUAUGUCUUUGGCUCUGUCCUCUUGACCUUUUACCUCUCCUCGAGCAGAUUGACCAAGUUCAGGUCGCAGAUCAAGAAAACGCUCGAAGAGGAUCAUCAGGAAGGAGGUGGACGCACAGCUAUCCAAGUGUUCUCGAACGGCGCUACCGGCGCCGUUUUGGCUGUUCUCUUUCAAUACAUCUUCUGGACCACGGAAUCUCGACCCGCGACCUUGUUUGUGAACGACUGGAGAGCUAGCACUUUGCUCUUUGCGUACAUUGGACACUAUGCCUGCUGCAACGGCGACACUUGGGCAAGUGAACUCGGGAUCUUGAACAAGUCAUGGCCAACACUGAUUACAACCUUCAAGAAGGUACCCCCAGGAACUAACGGAGGUGUAUCUCCCUUGGGCCUAGGCGCUUCGCUUGGAGGUGGACUUUUGAUUGGUAUCACAGCUGCUAUCAGCAUUAUUGUGCAGUUGGCAGUGGAGGCGCCCAUCUCUUGGAGCUCAAACAAAGGAUUGACUGGGCUGGAUACUUUUACUGGCUCAUUGGACCCCAAGUUCCUUGGUGCCUUGGUUCUCGCUGGAGCAGGCGCUGGACUCUUUGGAUCUCUGCUCGACUCGGUAUUGGGAGCAACAAUCCAAAAGUCCAACUACUCGACAAAGAAGAAGGUCAUCACCUACAAGGCCCCAGAAAAGGACGACGAGGUCAAGGCCAUUUCGGGACUUGAUAUUCUGGAUAACCAUCAGGUCAACUUUUUCUCGUCCCUCAUCAUUGCUGUCGCUACUGGAUACCUUUCGUUGAAGUCCCUGUUUUAA